AUUGCCCAUAUUGCCGAUAUUUACUACUAUAACGAUAUGAUCUUGCGAAUUCCAUUUAUAUUAAAACAGAACUUCCUUGAUAAAAAGAACGUCAUAUGCAUAUGGCCAAGUAUGCUUCAAUUUUGCCCCUAAUUUCCCUCGUAUUCAUCAUGCUGAUCCAGCUAUAUCCAGGAGAGGCGAUAACAUUGACAAUAGAAAACAACUGCGAUUUCACAGUGUGGCCGGUCAUACUAACAACCAACGGGACUACCUCGAACAUAAACUCCACCAACGGAUUUUCUUUGAUAAAUGGUGAUUCGAGGGUGAUCAACGUACAACCAAGUUGGGCGGGCCGGGUUUGGGGUAGAACCGACUGCAGCACCAACAACGUGACCGGAAACUUCUCUUGUCUAACAGGUGAUUGCGGCACAGGCAGGAUAGACUGCCAAGGCUUAUCUCACACGUCCCCGGUAAACGUUAUCGACUUGAUAACCGCGCAACCGGGUGGUAACCAAGACUUCUAUAACGCUAGCGUUGUUUCCGGCUACAACCUCCCGGUAGCGAUAGUUCCCCACGGCGGCAACACCAGCCGUUGCGCGUUGACUGGUUGCGUAUUUUACAACGACAUUGGUUGCCCCGAAGAACUUAGGGUGACCAACAAUGACAGUAUAAUUGGGUGUAGAAGCUCGUGUGACGUGUAUCGUACGGAUGAGACUUGUUGUACAAAUGAGAAUGAUUGUCGACGUGAUAACUUCUCCGUUCGGUCGCUGAUUUUUAGACGGGGUUGUCAACGGGCUUACAAUUAUGCGUUAGAUGUUGUUAACUCUACUUUCAGUUGUCCUACAACCCGAACGUCAUAUACAAUUACCUUCUGCCCGAUUCCAAGUAUUGCCAGGGAGGUGUGUGAACCAUUUCUACCAACAUUUGAGCUGCCAAAUGACUCUGCGGAACCACCUUCGACGAGUGAUUCAAAGAGAAACCGCAUUAUUCUUUUAGUAGGCUUACUAGCAACAGCAGUAAUAUCAAUUUUGCUGGUGCUUGGAGUUUGGACUUGUAUACGCAGGAGGAGGAAGGUUAUCAAAACAUAUAAUGAUUCGGAAGUGUUUGAUAUCAAAAAUGAUGUAAUGGACUCCUUGCAAUUUGACCUAAACACGAUCCGUUUAGCAACUAACAACUUUGCUGUGGAAAAUAAACUCGGAGAAGGUGGAUUUGGUGUAGUUUACAAGGGAAAACCCGAGAAGGGACAGGAAAUUGCUGUCAAAAGGCUUUCAAAAAACUCAGGACAAGGAGCUUCUGAGUUUAAAACGGAAGUCGUUUUAGCUGCAAAACUUCGACACAAGAACUUGGUCAAGCUCUUAGGAUUUUGUGUGGCAUUGGAUGAAAAGAUACUCGUCUAUGAGUUUCUUCCUAAUUCAAGUUUAGAUAGAUUUUUAUUUGAUCGAAGAAAUCAAGCAUCAAUAGAUUGGCCAACAAGGUUCAAGAUUAUAGCUGGUAUUGCAAGAGGACUUUUAUAUCUACAUGAAGACUCCCCGCUUAAGGUCAUUCAUCGAGAUCUCAAAUCAAGUAACAUAUUACUAGAUGAAGAUAUGAACCCAAAGAUAUCGGAUUUUGGCCUCGCAAAACUUUUUGGAAUCGAUCAAACUCGAGGUGACACUAAAAGAAUUGUUGGGACAUAUGGUUAUAUGGCUCCGGAAUAUGCAAUAACGGGUCAUUACUCGGUAAAAUCAGAUGUUUACAGUUUUGGUGUUUUAGUCCUUGAGAUCGUAAGUGGUCAAAGAAAUAGAUUUUUCGGGCGAUUGCAGCUUGAAGAGGCAUUACUACACCGUGCAUGGAGAUUGUGGAACGAGAAGAAGACCUUAGAUUUAGUAGACACAACAUUGCAAAAUAAUUAUCCGAGUGACGAAAUAACUAAAUGCAUUCAUAUUGGUUUAUUAUGCGUUCAAGAAGAUGCCGUAGCAAGGCCAAGAAUGAGCUCGAUUGUAGCAGCCCUUAAUGGGCAAGUAGUUUGUCUACCAACACCAAAGCCACCAAAUUUCUUUGGUACUAAUACUAAUUCUGAAGAUGAUGAAAUACAAAAACAUAACUCUACAGAUGAUGUUUAUACUGGAACUCAGUCGAUAUCAUGCUUGUAUCCUCGCGACUAAUUAAAGUAGUUUGUAGAUUUAAAUUAAUACAUUCAUUUGUACAAGUAAUUUUUUUUUUUUUUGACAUUGAAUGUAUUCAGUUGUAGAACUAAUAAAAGAAUAUACGGAGUAUCUCUCUCUUGUGAAUAUAUACAGUACAUUAAGGAAAAUUUGUGAAUA